AGAACAGCCAUACAAUUAAAGUGCAGCGCCUCUCCUUGUGACUCUCGUGUCUGCUUGAAAGAAAGAUUGUGAGGCCUUGUUCGAGAUGCUGAGUCGCUUUAAACUACACCAUGGUAAAAAGUAUCAGCCUCAACCUCGUGUGGGACACGCUAUGGUUGCAGUUGGUGAUAGAGUCUAUCUCUGGGGCGGUUGGCAUAAACUAGUCCCAAAGGUCCAUUCCAGCUCAGAGAAGAUAAAGGCUCUGUCCGUCGUAGAAAUGUACAAUAUGAGAAGCGGAGAGUGGAGCCAGAUACCGACCAGUGGUAUGCCGCCACUAGGUGUUGCUUAUCACGCUGUCACUAAUAUUGAGGAGGACAUUUACUAUUUCGGUGGUAGAUGUGGCCACGGUGGCUGCCAUCACAAUAGUCUUCAUUGUUUGAAUUCCGUUACCAUGAGAUGGAAGGAAAUUACACCUCAUUCAAGCAGCAGCUUUAAGACGUCCCUCCCUAUGAAGAAGGCCCAGUGUGGUAUGGUCAGGUUCAGAUUGCGUAAUGAAGAUUAUCUUUUUAUUUUUGGCGGGUAUGGAGUUUUACCGGAUAACCACGAGCCUCAAGCUAUGUACAUACCGAAGAGAGGGAAGCCCGAGUAUGGAUGGACAAAUGAGGCUCACCUCUUUUGUAUUCAGUCGGGUUCAUGGUCAGUACCUCAUGUGACUGGUGAUCCUCCUCCUCCAUGCAGUAACUUCUCUGUGACAGCAGUCAGUGAGAAUAGGGCUCUAAUGUUUGGGGGAUAUCAACAUGAAGGAAUUCGUUUGCGGGAUGUUUACAUUGUAGAGUUUGAAAAAGAAAGUGUGUUUUGGACCAAAUUAUCCUCUCCUGCCGAUUCAACUGUACCUUGGCCUGCUGGAACUUGUGAUCACUCGAUUGCAUUUGCACCUGGCCUCUAUAGCCCUAAGCCUUGCCCCUGUGUAUUGAUUGUUGGAGGUGAGAAUGACAAUGCUAAGGUAUUAAGUGACUGUUGGCUUUUUGAUUUACCCACUACAAAUUGGACAAAUGUACCACUGCCACCUGUGGUAGCAGGCCGUCUGUAUCAUGCUGUAUCUUCUUUCACAUUGGGCCCUCACUGUGUGUGGCUGGUACUGUUUGGUGGAGUUGCUGAACUGGAAGAUUUUAAAGACUGGCAAGAGCAGAUUAUGAUGGCUGAUACUGCUGUUGUUGAGUUAAUGAAAAGAGAUAAUGAAGGAUGGACUGCUACUGUGAUACUAGAUAAUUCAUCAAGUGCUCCACUUCUUGACGAGUAUGUUCGUAAGUUAUAUGACCGUGUGUUCCAGGGAAGGAAAGAGUGGAUGCUUGUUACUACAAAGAAUGUUGCUCUAUUGCCACUGGGGGAGGAACAAGCCAGAGCCGAGAGAGCAGAGCAAAGAGCUGAUGCAGCAGAACAGGAAGCUGUUGAAGCUCGAAAAGUUGCCGAGGUUGCAGAAAAGAAAGUUUUACAGGCAAAAGAAAAUGCAGUUAAGGAACGAAAAGAGUCAAUUACACUCUUCAGUGAUCUUUCUGAUGCCAAGAAGCGAGCACAAUCAGCCGAAAUUCAAAAAAAGUCUUCCCAGGAUGAGCUACAGAAGGCAUUACUGGAAAUAAAGCAACUUAAGCAGGAGCUCUCAGAUAUCAAGGAAAAAAGUUCUGAAACAACUGAACUUCAGUUGAUACAAUUACGCAAAGAGCUGUCCUUACUUCAGUCUACAUCAAUGACAUCAGUGUCUUCUUCUGAUCCUCUUUAUUCCACUGAUGACUUUUGGGCGCUGGAGAAAGAUGAUAUAGAUAUGAAUGAGCAGGAAAUGAUACUGCAAUCUCGUACCGGAAAUUUUUACAGUGGCUCAUUUCGCAGAACAAAAGUUGGUGUCAAAUGUCUUCGUAAGGUUCGGUCUUUUGAAGAUUACAGGAAAGCAAUGAGUCUCAAUAGCAAGCUACACCAUCCUAAUAUUGUUUUAUUCAUUGGUGCUACCACUGUUGAGGAUUACAUCAUUGUUACCGAGUUCUCUUCCUUCAAAGCGUUAAAUAUUCAUCUUGAAGAAGCUCCAUUAUCCCGUAAUCAUAUCCUCUCACUUGCCAAGGAUGUUGCAUGUGGGCUUGCUUAUCUUCACCUUCACCCAACUCCCAUCACUCAUGGCUCUCUUAGUAGUCACACAGUCCUCUUGGAACCUAAAGGCAAUGGAUGGAAGGGAAAGAUCACCGAUAUAGGAUUCUUCCCUUAUAUGGCAACACCUCUUUCUGCUUAUGCUGCUCCAGAAGCUAUGGAUUCUGAUAGCCUCUCUCCUUCAUUAGACAUAUAUGGUUAUGGUGUUUUGCUAAUUGAGAUGUAUUGCCGAAAAGCUCUGGGAACGUCGGGUAGCGAGCGAGACAAGCAGUUACAGCACAUCAAUUGGCCUCAGUUUGUAACCCUCAUUCAGUCAUGUCUUAGCGUAGAACCUGCAGAUAGGCCUUUGGUCAAUGACAUUCUUUGUGACAUUGAAAAUUUGCAUUAAAUUAAUUUGUUUUUGAUUGACUGUGUAUACUUUUUGUAGUAUUAAAUUUCUGCUGAGUCAGGUUUAUUAAUAAAAUUAUCAGUAAA